AUGUUCUCCACUCUCUUCCAGCCCUGCGAGCUGCGGCUCCACCUCCUACAGAAUGCCAUCUUCCUCCAUCCCCCGGACCGUCCCCUCCCCGAGUCCCACGAGCGCCCCCCGCAGGCAAACGACGAGCUGGUCCGCGGCAUGGUCGAGCUCUACGUCCCCUCGAACCGCCACAUUGCCGGCAUCCGCGUACGCCUAAAGGCCGUACAGACCGUCGCCAUCCUCGACGCAAGCACCGGACUCACCCCCAUCAGCUGGGAAGACUCGACCGUCCUCGAGCGCGUCGUCGAAAUCGGCAUACCCCACCACGACAAGGACAAGCACCACUCCCACAAGCACGGCCACGCAAACGCCCACCCGCCAUCCUCGUCGUCCCACCACGGCCACGGCCAGCGCUCCCUCUCCAUCGGUCCCGCCGCCUCCGCAGCCGCUACCGAGGAGCGCGGCAGGUCCUCGGCUUCGUCGUCCAGGCCAAUGCGCGGCAGCUCCGCCUUUGGCCUGCGUUCCCACAGCCCCGGCGGCAGCAUCCCGGCCUCGAUGGCGAGGGCCAUUUCGCGCGGCCGCCGCCUCGCCUCGGGAAUGGACCGCAUCAGCCACAGCCCCUCGCCCUCCAGCAGCCGCCCGGGCAGUCGAGCACCGUCGCCCUCGCCCCCGCCCUUUGUCAGUGCCACCGAGCGCGGCCGCCCCACGUCGACGAGGCAACCUCCCGCCUACGAUCGUACCAUCUCGGACGACGCCAGCGGCGGGCACGGCGGACUGCACUCGGCCUCCUCGCAUCCGGGCAGCCAGGGCAGCGCGAGCGUUCCGCGCACGCCCGAGAGCGAGCUGGCCGACAUCAGCUACCCCCGGGACAGCAGCACCAACGGCAAGGGCAAGUCGCGCAGCACGAGCGUCGGCUGGGCGCCGGACCUGCACCUGUUUGGCGGCAAGCACAAGGGCUCGAGGAGCAAGAGCCGAGCGGCGGCGGCGGCGGCCAGCGGCGCACCCCUGGGCCGCAGCGGAGCAGGCGAGCUCGACGACGUCGACGAGGAGCAGCAGAUGCGCGGGCGAAGCGCGCGUGCGUCGAGCAAGAGCAGGCGGAGGGGCAGCGGCGGCGGAGGCGUCGGCGACGAUCACGACGGCGCACACGACACGGGCGAGCACUCCGAGUCGGGCUGGGAGACGGAGCCGCGCGAAGAGGGCCUGGAGCUGCAAAAGGGCGUGCACGGCUUCGAGUUCGCCUUUAUCAUCCCGUGCGACUCGCCGCCCUACGAGCGCUCGCCGUUUGGGCGGGUGCGCUACAUUAUCAAGGCGACGGCCAUCGGCGCCGGGCGGGCCAAAAGCAACGUCGAGUGCUGGCGCGACAUGUACCCGAUGGUCAAUCCAUCGCCCGACUCGGGCCCGACGCCGCUGACGGUGCUCUACAAUGACCUGCACCCGACCGUGGGGCUGGUGAGCAUCGCCUGCACCUCGAACAACAUCUCGGUCGGCGGCGUGUUCAACAUCGACAUCAACUCGCCCGCGCCGCCGCAGGACCUCAUCGUCUACCUCGUCCGCGUCUCGCUCGAGACGACCAUCGAGCUGCACACCAAGAAAAAGGGCAAGCAGGUCGUCCCCGUCCAGCGCCACAAGCUGUUUGAAAAGGGCUGGGUGCCGCCCAAGAACAACGACGGCUCCCACGGCGACGGCAAAAAGGCCGAGGGAUUCAUCCGCAACCAGGGCAACGACCACGCCUGGACCGUCCAGGGCCUCGCCCGCAUGCCCGACGACAACCACAUCCGCGCCUCGACCUCGGGCGGCACAAAGGCCAGCAUCCGCUUCAGCCACGUCCUCGUCGUCGAGAUUGUCCACUCGCGCCGCGCCGCCUCGGGCGGCGGCAGCGGCGGCGGCGACGGCAACGGCAAAGACCACGAGGACGAGGGCGAGGUGCGCUCGCGCAAGCUCAAGGUGUUUGCGCUGCGCCAGCCCGUCCUGAUCCCCAGCUGCUGCUGCGCCUACGACGCCGUCACGCUGCCGGCCUACACGCCCGACCCGGACCCCACGACGCGCAAGGCCGAGAUGCCGUGGGACAUUGGCUCGCACCACGGCGGCGCCGAGCCCUCGUCGUCGUCGUCUUCGUCGGGCGCUGCGGCGGCGUCGCAGCAGGCCAAUGGCGGGCCAUCGCGGCACGAGGUCCCGGGCAUCGGCCUGUACGGCACCGACACGAGCAAGGGAAUCUCGGGCCAGUCGCACAUGUACUGCGUGUGCGGAAUGUCGCUGCAGGACCUGUCGGCGCAGGAGCGGGCGCUCAUCCCCAGCCGGCCCAUCGAGGUGCUCGACGGCGCAGGUUUCCGGCACCAGGGCAAGAUUGGCGAGCUGCCCGCAGCGAGCGCAGCGCCAGACGAGCCCAGCAUCGACGCGGAUAUCGUCGAAGAGCGCUAG